AUGAUGACAAAGGGAAAGAAUAAUGUAAUCAGUGUAUUACGUGUAGUGGAAAAAACUGAAAGUGAUCAUUUGGCUGUGCAGCGAUUACGAGUGAAAGUCGGUAUUGCUGUAGGCUUGUUGAUUGUCAUAGUGAUUGUAACUCCAACAAUGAUUGUUUUAUUGCGAAAGAAAAGUUCAACAAUAACAGGUUUAAUGAACAUCACUGAAUCGUUGAUAACAACAGAGGCAGAUAUUACGACAUCAUCAUUCAUUGAAAAAGAGACAAGUGUGGUAAUAUCUCUUGAGAGCGCGACUAUAAAAAACAUCGUAAUUUCGAACGGAAUGAUAACAAAUGCGGCUAAAUCAAUCACAUCCACAAGCAUUGCAAAAAAUAUCACAGCUUUCCAAAUAUUCAACCGAACGAAUGAAGUAGUUUACGCUAUUUGGAAUACAUCUGCAGAUGGUAACUUAAGUACAGAAUAUACAAAUCAUGGCUGUGCUGAUGAGCGUUUUAAUAUAACAUCUGGCAUGUACACAGGUUUCUAUUUCACAAUUAAAAGUGUCCCCUUUCGUCUUAUGAAAUUUCGUAUGGGUACAAACGUCCAAGAAGCGAAGCGCGAUCCGAUGACAAUCACGAUCGAAGGUAGUAACAAUGAUCAAUCGGAAUUACUCCUUGGAAAAAGUUGGACUCCAAUCUAUAGUGGCUCUUCGGGUCUUACUAAAAGUCUACAAAGAUCAUCCUAUGGCACAACACAAACUGUAGCGACUAACGUAGCGUCAUUCAGAAGCUAUCGUCUUAUUGUUACAUCAACCAGAGAGAAACACAAUUCUGUUUCAUACUCAGAAUUUGUGAUGAUGGGACAAUAUUUAAAUAACAUCAACUGA